CUGCUCCCGCUGUCGAUGUGCUCGACUGACAGGAUAUCUUGAAAUCAAGACUGACGAGUGGGUUUGGGCCCUGAUCUGCGUGCCGUUUCUUGCGUGGCCGCGGCCGUCUACAGUAUGGAACCGGAGCCGUCGCAAGCGCAACCUCAACCUGCUCCUGAGGAACCGGUCAAGUCGAUCGAGAACGAUGGCCAGACCGACGGUCAGGCUCCCACCGAUGGGAUCACAGAUGAUCAAUGGAGGUCAAUGAUGAAUGUGGUUUUGGCUAUCUAUGAAUUCAGAGAAGAGGAUGGCCAUGAUCCAUCAAGACUGUUCCAGCGAAGCGUCAACAAACGCAAUGUUCCCGAUUAUUACGAUAUCAUCAAGGAGCCUAUGGCUCUAAGCAUUCUUAAACAGAAGAUCAACAAGCGCGAGUAUAAGAGCUUCUCGGAGUUCGUGCGCGACUGUGCCCUAAUCCCUCACAAUGCGCAAACCUACAACCGCCCCAAAUCCCAAGCGUACGAAGAUGCGCUCGUGAUAAAGGAUGUCUUCAUUGCCGAGUUUCGAAAACUGGUUGAUCAAGGGAUCAUCACUGCAGAAGAGGCUGAACUUCCCGAUCUGGGGGAAAUCCCCGAGGCCGAUCCUCUUCCCGAGGAAGAGGAAGAGGAAGACGAGGAUGAAGAAGACGAAGAGGAUGAGGAAGAUUCGGAUGAUGAGAGCCGACGGAAGAAGAAAAAGGGCCCUCGUCCGGGUGGUAAACGGGACGGUGGCAAAGAUGACGGUCAAAAGUCGAACGAUCCCGAACUGAGGAAGAAACGUGGACGACCACCGCGUGUUGAUACCCCGAUGGAGGCUAGAAUCAAAGCUGUCUUAAAGGGUAUUCGGAAGCUGAAGGGCCCUGGUAGCCAACUCAAGGUGCGACAUUUCGAGCGAUUGCCCGACAAGGCCACCUACCCGGACUAUUACAUGGAAAUCAGAGAACCCAUUGCUAUCGACAUUAUCAAGCGGAAGUCGAAGCGGAAGAAGUACAAUUCCGUGGACCAUUUCAUGAGAGACAUGGACCUCAUGUUUAACAACGCAAAGGCCUACAACCAGCCAGAGAGUCAAAUCUAUAAGGAUGCGGUUGACUUGCAAUUGGAAGCACGCAAACUGGCGGAGCACGAGAAGAAGAAGCCGGACAGUGAAUACUUGAUGGAGGAUGGACGCUUGCCCCUCCCGGAUGGCAUCCUGCACAAGAGCGAGCUGUGGAAGGUUGGCGACUGGGUACAUAUUCAGAACCCGAAUGACGUGACGAAACCCAUUGUCGCCCAGAUUUACCGCACAUGGCAGGAUUCUGAGGGUGAGAAAUGGAUCAACGCUUGUUGGUACUAUCGCCCCGAGCAAACUGUCCAUCACUUCGAGAAGCAUUUCUACCCCAAUGAAGUGGUCAAGACUGGUCAAUAUCGUGAUCACCGGGUGGAGGAGAUUGUGGAUCGUUGCUUCGUGAUGUUCUUCACUCGCUAUAAUCGUGGUCGACCCCGAGGUCUUCCGCCCGACAAAGAUGUCUACGUCUGCGAGGCUCGGUACAAUGAAGAGAAGCAUAAACUGAACAAGAUUAAAACGUGGGCGAGUUGUCUCCCCGAUGAAGUCAGGGAAAAGGACUACGAGAUGGAUUUGUUUGAUGCUCCCCGAAGGAUCAAGAAGAUCCCCAGCCCAAUCAAGCAUUUGCUGAAGAGCGAUGCGAAGGAGACCGAUGACCUGCCCAAACCGACUUGGGGGGCCGAGAAUGCUCCUCCUGUCGUCGGUGCAGUUCAUCGCCGCCCUCGAGAUGAGAACGAAUCUCCUCCUCCAGAACCAACCCCGUCACCACCUCCGUCCCUACCACCACCAACCUUGCCCCCAGCUCCACCUCGACAGCCAUCGAUCCCUCAGUCGUCUGGACGGCCCAGUAUAGACAAUCAAAGCACCGGCGUGACGGCUGGAACUGUGGCGGCGGUCCGAUCCCCAGCUGCACCUAUUCCUCCGGCCCAGAGCUCACCGGCACCAGCUCCUCCGAAGCGUGCUAGCGCAUUCGUCCCUCAAACACCUCACCCGGCUACCUACCAAACGUCGGCUAUGUCUCACCCAUACGCGGCCGCUCAACAAACACCAUAUAACGCAUAUUCUGGCGGCCGGUUGCCGGUUCCUCCCAUGGGAAUGUACAAUCCCAACGCUCCUCGUCCGAUCGAAGUCUUCCAUUUGAGCGAUUCUGCGAAUGCUGCCAUCCCGGCCGACAUACGUGAACAGUUCCACUGUGAUGAUCAGGGUCGCGUGCUAUUCUUCUCCAGCCCGCCGCUUGAUGUAGUCCCAUCCGUUCAGCAAAAGCUAGGCCAUUCACUCAAAUAUCUAGCUGCCAAAGAGGAGCGGAGAAGGUUGGUGGAGGCCAAGAAGCGCAAAGAGAUGGAUGAACAGGCCGAGCGAGAAGCAGAUGCUAAGCGACAGCGAGCUGACAUUGAGACAACUCUCGCCGCUCGGGUGGACGCUCUGACAACUAGGGCCGUGGAGAAUUUGACGUCCCAGAUCACGCAGGGCACAGGUCAGCUUUACGAAAUCCUGUAUCAGGACCAGGCGGAAAGUAUCCGACAGGCAGAUGCCAAAGCUCACGAACAAAGGCUUCUUGCCGACCACAUGUCCCAGCAGGAAACCGCGCGGAUAUUGGCAAACUCGCAGCCGCCGAGCUACAUCAGCCUUAAAGGUAACGCCAUGUACCUGAGCGACAUUGGACCUAAAGCUUGAUUUGUUGCGAAGGAACUGUCUUGAAUCGACUACGGCUUAAUUCCCUCGAAUGCUCAGUGAGACAAAGACUGCCCACUGGAUUGCCACGAGCUAGGUAGGAUGAGGGUACAACCACGGAACUUGCUUUGGACGGAUGGCGAUGUCGUCGUCUUCAUCAUCAUCCUCGAUAGCCUCUUGUUACCCGACCAAACUCAAUCGUAGAAGAAUUUUGUUCGUCAAGUCCAUGUUCUCAUGUAUAGUAGUACGUUAAAUGCAGU